CACCCACACUCAUAGAGGCUCAGCAGCAGAACCACUUGAGACUUGAGAGUGGAGCACAAGAACACAUCAAAGAGAUGAAGGCAUCUGCCCUGAAAUUCCAAUCCCACAUCCCCAGCUCCACCAACCUCCCCACCCCAACUGCAAAUCCUCUCUUUCUCAUACCUUUCAAGCCCAGAUCAUCCCUAAACCACCCUGCAAAGCCAUCAUCUGUAUCUCUUCCUUCAAGAGGUCAUAUCAACAAGCCUCUGGUCUCAUCAGGCCUCACACCCAGAUCCCAGAAACCCUCAAAAGAGGAGUUUUGUCAAGUUUCUGCAAAUGGGUGCUCAAGAUUUGUGAUGAUUGGAGCAGUUUCAGUGGGGGUUGUGCUGUUGCUGAUGGGUGUGGACGAGCACAAGGCACUGGCUUUGGGGCCUGAGGGGCCAUUGAUGGAGGAGUUUUGGGACAAUGUGAGAAGAUAUGCUCUGUAUUUUCUGACAGUGAGUACUGGUGCUGUUUACACUGUCUUCGUGCCUAUAUUGGAGUUGCUGAAGAACCCCAUUUCAGCAAUUCUUGUUCUAGUGAUUUUUGGGGGCAGUCUGUAUAUUGUAUCCCAAGUGAUUUCAGCCAUGGUUGGUGUCACUGAAUUUUCUUAUGAUUACAGUUAUUAGAUAUAGAGAGGCUCCUUUGUUUAUCUUUCUUUUUAUUGUUAUUAUCAAUUUAUCAUUAA